CAGUGUUGCCAGGUUUCAGGAUGAGUAGUAACUCGCGUACCCCGAUUGCCUGGCAACACCGGGACAUGAACUUCUACCACCAGAACCCCUAUGGUAGACAGAGCGUGUUGGACAGGAAUGCGGUGCCUCAAAACGGGGGAGCAUCAGGCUCAACGUCAGACAGACGCAGUAGCAGCCGGAGUGGCGGACGCCAGGGUCGCCGCCCGGGUCCCUCAGGCCCCGCCCACCCAGCCUCGCAGACCACCGACACCACGCCCACUUCCCUGUCUUCAGACUCGGCCACUGAAACGGAAACCACGGUUGGCGCCGAAGGAAGGAUGUCAGCAGCAGCAGCGGGAGGCGGUUCAGGCGCCCAUCAUCACAUGUACUACGCAGCGCCGCCACUGCCGCCGCACAUGCACCAUUCCGGCGCCAACGACGGCACACUCCGGUCUUCAGCCUCGAUGCACGUUCCAAUGUACGCAACGGCCGGCGGCGGCGGUGGUGGUGGCGGAGGCGGCGCUACUCUAGACGGCGCCCCGUGUCCCGUGCACCACCACCACGGCGCCGAGACGAUAGUGGGCGGCUCCAUGGUCGGCACUCUGGGCCGGGACGCCGCUUCCAUGCAGCCCAUCUACGGGGACGCCUCGCAGUUGUACAUGCCGCUGUCCGUGGCGUCCUUCCCGAGGCGGGCGACGAGUGUGUACGACGUGAGGAUGGCGCCGGCGUCCCUGCCGCCCUACGGCACGCUUCCGAUGCCAGGGUUCGGUGGGCCAGGUGGCCCAGCUGGUGGCCCAUUCUCCCUCCCGAUGCCCAUGCCCAUGCCCAUGCCCACCAUGACCCUGCGAGAGCCCCGCCACUCUCGUCGCUCGAGAAAACACCAGCAGGCCGCCUCCAUGAUGCUGUUGCCGGUCAUGAUGCCGCCGCCGCCACCGCAUCACCCCGGAAUGCCGCCACAUCACCACCUCCACCACCACCAGGGCGCGGCGCCACCGCCACAGCGAAGACCCACGUCUCCGAUCCCGCCGCACCUGUUGCCGCCCAUGAUGCGUCCGCGGCCCUACGUGUUGCCCGCGGCGUCCUCGGGCGCCGCCGCCGCCGCCGCCGCUGCAGCUGGCCUCGUGGAGCCAGAGCCGCUGCCGAUGAGAGACCCCGAGAAGGUGAAGGCGUCCGUGGACGCCGUGUACGGCGGCAUGGACGACAUGGACUUGAAGAAGACCGGCGGCGGCAUGAUGAUGAUGAUGAAUGGCCAGCAGCAGCAACAACAACAACAACAUCAACGGAUGAAUAAUAAUAAUAAUAAUAAUAACAGUAAUAAUAAUAAUAAUAAGGAGAAGAAGGUGCAGUGUUGCAAGGGACACUGGUUGGUGGUCUGGAUUAUUUUGGGCGUGGCGGGAUUCGGCGUCCUUUUGGCAGCUGUUUUGAGUCUGACUAUUGGCUGAGUUUCUGGGCCCUGUUUGUCUACCUCAGGAUAAAGAAGGAAGAAGAAAGCAAAAAAGAAAAGAAAAACAAACCCCUUCCCCCCCCUUCCCCCCCCACAAAUCUGUAAAUUUCAACAACAACUUUUAAUCCAAUAUUUCAGGGUCAUUUGGAAAUGUUCUUCAUUUGUUUUUGUUUGUUGCUGUUGAUGCUGUUUUUAGCUGCUAAUUAGGAAGAAAAACAGUCUUUCUGGAAAUCAUACUUUUUAAUUUGGCUUUUUUUGGUUUGUUUUUGUUUUUUUGCUGGAGAUUAAGAAUGAAAAAAGAAAAGAGGAGCACUUUUCAAAGGUUCAACCUUUUGCAAACCUCUCUUGAUUUUUUUUCUGGGCCAGAGGAAUUCUUUUUCCAACCAGUUUCAUUUUUGUUUUAAAAUCUCAUGGAUAUUUUUUUUGAGAAAAUCCUUGACUAUACUGUACUGAUUAAGGUUUCAACUUUUUAAAAAUAUUUUGUUUAAUUUGGUGAUUUUGGGUUGUGAAAACAAUUUCAACCUUCAGAAUUUGAAGCCCUGCUGCAAACCCAUCUUGUAGCUGCUGGGAUAUUUGUUUACAUUUAAAUACCUUGUGUGUGUGUGUGUGUGAGGAAAACAUUUUAAUUUUGCAUGUUUCAGCUGCUUGACACCUUUUUUUUUUGGUGUAGCAAGAUAGGUUUUCCAAUUUUCCUGUUUUGAAGAAGAAACCUUUUCUUUCUUGGUUUCUUUUACAAAUUUUUUGGGAGAUAAAAUCAAAGACUAAUUGUCAACAGAAAAUCAAGAGAUCUGACAAAUAUUGCUAAAUUGUCUUGUUAUGGAUGAACUCUUGCAAAAGUUAUGUUUUUUUGUUGAUUUAUUUGUGUUGAGGAAGCUUUUGUUGAUUCUGUUGGAUGGAAACUUUGUUAACUCCUUUUUUCAAUGUUGGGUUUCAUUUUGAAAAAAGUCUUGUCCAUCAUCUCAGAUUAUUCCAGAUAUUGCAAAUCUACUGAAGGAGAGAAAGCCAUUCUAUAUCUUCAUUGCCAAGGGAGGUGAAAAUAUUGUUGUUUUGUGUCAAAUGUGUUUGGGAGUGUGUGUGUGUUUUUUUUUCAAGUUGUGGAAUUUUAUGAGAGAAGGUUCCUGAUGGUGAAUGAUGCUGGUUAUGUUUUUAAAUGCAAGGAAAUGUGUGGAUUGAAAAGAACUUUCCAUGUGACCCUCAGUGAAACUCAUCCCUAUCCCCCCAAAAAUAACACACACAUUCCUGUCCCAAUUGCUCAAGAAAAGUGGAGUGAUUUCAUUUGUUCUUCAGGGAAGAACCAGAAUUUGAAAAUGGAUGUUAUCUUAUUUUGAUCCGUCAGAAUGUAUUGAACAAUCCAAAAAUGAAAA